GCUGUAGAUUAGAUCCGAUCAUUGAUCUUCGCGAUCGCGAAUUGCGAUCUUACAUAAGUGUAGGGAGGUAGUGCCUCGUCGAUAAUUCUAACAAUUGCCAUAAUUUAAUAGAUGUUUAUUGAAAAUGUCCAUGUCGAAGUCAUAUAACUGAUCAUAAAUACUAUCGAGACAGGAAUUGAAAAGCUAUGGCCGAAAGACUAUCUCGUCUGAGAAAAACCCCCACACCCGAACCCGAGGACAGCCGUUUGCAGCUGCUGGAAUACUUCGACGAUAUCUUCAAAUGUACGAUCUGCCUGAUCAAGCUGCAGGAUCCGCACCUGUGCCCUCGCUGUUCGAAGUUGUACUGCUUCGAUUGCAUCUCGGAAUGGCUACUGUCGGAAUCGGAGCAGCACAUGAACUGCCCCAACUGCAAGCUCGACCUCCAGCUGGACAAGCUGGUGAAAGUGCGCUGGUUCGAGGAGGUGGAAAAUCUUCAACGCAGCUGCCUCGAACCGAAACCCUCCACCAGCAGCGACGAUGCUAAUACCGUUCGCGCCACUAACGGUGCCUCCAAGAAGGACAUUUGCGGUAAACAUGUGAGAAAUAUGAACUUUUACUGUUGCACGUGUAAGCAGUGUGUUUGUGACGAGUGCGCCGUCACCGACGAGCAUCAUCUGGAUCAUACAUUCAAAAGCUUGGACGUGAUUUACGACAACAGCGUGCAGAUCGCGGAAGAAGAAUUCGAAAAGGUGCGACAUUACAUGAAGAAGAUUGGGACCUUGAUCGAGAAGGUAGAGCGUAAUGUGGAACUGGUGAAGAAGGUGAAGGAGGAGAAACUCAAGGAGAUUCGUGCGAUCGCCGAGAGUUCCAUCGAAGGGCUCGAUCGGCAGGUGCGCGAGAAGCUGCAGAAGCUUCAGGGACACAAAUACACAUUGCUGGUCGAGAUGCAGGACAUUGAAAAGUCAUUGCGGCACAUGGAGACGGAGGUAAUGGCCUGCACCAAAUCGCAGUUCAUAGCGAAAAAGUCGAAAAUCUUCAAGGAAUGCAACAAGAUCAGAAUGAAUCCGAUCAAGGAUUUCAAACAGAUCCGUGUUCCGGUCAGUUUGAAGAUAGAAAUUCCAACCGUUUAUGAAACUGGAAUUUUUGUGAUAGAAAACUUUUCUUCAUUCGAUGACAAUAAGGUGGCAUAUUCGAAUGAAUUUGCGGACAGUUAUGGGCACGUUUGGCGCAUCAUGGUUUGGUGUGUGAUUUCCGAGGACCAGUUGGGAAUUUAUAUUGAAUUGGUUGAGGGGCAACCGUGCUGGAUGGAAUGCCGCUUUCAGUUGAUUCAUGUAGAUGUGAAAAAAAUCGUUCACAAACAGAUCAAACAAUGUUUUGAUCGAACAUCGCAGAAAGACUGGGGUUUUCGUGACUUUAUUGCACUCAAAACCAUACUGGAUGAAAACUAUUUGAAGGAGGACGACUCGCUCGAGCUACUUUACCACAUUCGCCCAUGUAGUGGAGACUGUGACUAAUAGGAUUUGAAUAACG